CCAUUUCUUUACUUGCACUCGCCUCCAUUACCACCUUCUCCUUUAUAUUCCACAUUUUCAAUCCAUCGCUUUAAUCAGGGACCAAAAAAGCCUCAAGUCUCUGUAAUUUUCACAAAAUGAAGAACGCCAUCAAUACCAACACAAACACAAAGCUCAUUCUCCUCCAUCCCUACAUCCAAAAACAAGGCGGCUCCAAUCGCCUAUGGCUUCUCGCGUUCAUUUCAUUUUUCACCGCAGCCUUCCUGUUGACAUUCAUUUACACCCGAGAACAUUCUAUAAUUCCCAAAACGGUUGUCACAGCAGUCUCCACCAGCUCGGUCUCGUCUCCACCGCUGUCAAAAACGCUAGUCAAGGCACUCGUGCACUACGCCUCGCGGUCUAAUGACACGGAUGGCAUGUCGUACACCGAUAUUAAACAAAUUUCGGACGUGUUACGACAAUGUCCGUCGCCUUGUAAUUUUUUAAUUUUCGGGCUCACACCCGAAACUCUCCUAUGGCAGGCUCUCAACCAAAAUGGCCGUACUGUUUUCAUCGAUGAGAACAGGUACUAUGCUGCCUACAUGGAGGAGAAAUUCCCCGAGAUCGAGGUUUAUGAUGUUCAAUACUCGACAAAAAUAAGCGAGCUCAAAGAACUUGUCACACUAGUGAGACAACAAGUGCAUAAUGAGUGCAGGCCUGUACAAAACCUCCUCUUUUCGGAUUGUAAACUCGGGCUUAAUGAUCUUCCUAAUCAGUUAUACGAACUCGACUGGGAUGUCAUCCUAGUCGAUGGACCGCGAGGCUAUUGGCCCGAGGGACCUGGCAGGAUGUCGGCAAUAUUCACAGCUGGUGUGUUGGCGAGAAGCAAAAAAGGGGGGAACCAUAAAACACAUGUGUUGGUGCAUGAUUUUAACAGAGAGGUGGAGAGAGUUUGUACAGAUGAGUUUUUGUGUAGGGAGAAUAUGGUCAAGUCUAAGGAUUUGCUGGGGCAUUUUGUGCUGGAAAGAAUGGAUGGCAGUAGCACUCAGUUCUGUAGGAAUAAUUAUACUACAAAGUCUGCAGCUUCAUCGUCUUCUUCGUGAUUUGGUCAAUCUGAUGAUCAAACUCAAUCAUAAGUAGUGCUCUGUGAUUAGUACUACUGCAGGUUUGAUUAUUUAUGAAUUUUUGACCUUUUUGUAAAGUUCUGUUUGGGCCAUAUGGUGGGAAAUAAUCAUUUUUCUGUAUUAAUCUUGAAGUCAUAGUUGAAAUGUAAUUGCGUGUAUUUAAAUGUCAA